AAAAUAGCCUGGGACUAUUUUGUUAACCUCUCAAGACUUACAAAAUCAAAAUCAAACACAAGUAGUGAAAAGAACCAAGACAUUUCAUCAUGUUUUGUUUAUCGUCGCUUAUACGGAAAACAGUAUCAAACAGACAAAUUGUAAAUGACAUCCGUCAAGCUGCUAUUCUCUUUCAUACCGCCCCAUUGCUGCUGCGUAGCGAAGUCGAAGACGUACUGGCCGCACAGUCGGUAGAAGAGAGUCUGUUUGAGAAUAAUCAGCGGCACAGUUCAUUUGUGAGUAAACGGAAUUUACUGGAACAGUACGACAACGGAAAGCAGAACCGAAAACAUCGAAAGAAGCAAAUAGUAAAAGAAGUCCAAAAUGACACAGUUCAACAGCCGAUUAAGACUGCCAGUGCAUCUGUACAGAAGAAAGACUUGAAGAAAAGUUCACCUGAGUUGAUUAUUGACGAAGAGAUUGGAUUCCGCUACACAAAACUACAACGAAACAAUGAAACAUUUCAGCAAUUGAUGCUUCUGGUGAAGUCGAAAAAACAACGCAAUGUUAAGCAUCUGCUGCUGUUAGAAGGUAGACGUCUCAUUCUCGACGCAAUCACCUGUGGACUUCCACUAAAAUAUUUGAUAUUCAGCGACCUUGAACAACUGAAAUUGGUGUCAAAAUUCGCACCGAAAGAUGUGACCUGCUACAAGGUGUCUGAAGGCGAUAUGAGUUUCUGGUCGACGUUGACAACCUGUCCCGGAUUGAUGGCAAUCGUCGAGAAACCGGUUGAUAUGAGUAAUAUCUGGAAGCAACAGAACCCACUUCCCAUAACCGUAAUCUGUGAUCAAGUGCGAGAGCCAAAUAACAUUGGCGGCAUAAUCAGAGCUUGUGCUGCACUUCCAGUGGAAAAGGUCAUCCUGACCAAAGGAUGUGCGGAUCAGUGGGAUACGAAAGCAUUGCGCGGCGGAGCAGGAUCACAAUUCUUGGUACCGACAAUGGGACCAAUGGCCUGGGAUUCCAUAUACAGUGUCCUGCCACGGACUUACAACGUCUUGGUGGCCGAAAACAAUGCAGACAAUGCCGAGACGUUGUUGGGAUCCAGUGACAUGGAUCGCUUCGUGGCGUACACAGAUAUUCCGCAGUGUGAAAAUUGUGUCAUUGUAAUUGGUGGAGAAACGGAAGGUGUGUCAGCCGAAGCAUAUGAAUUGAUGAAAACGAGUCGGGAUGGAUGCUGUGUUCACAUUCCUCUAGCAAACGGUGUCGAUAGUCUGAACACAUCCACCGCACUAGCAAUCAUUCUGUUCGAAAUCCGGAAACGAAUGACAGAGAGGAUGAAAAACCAAUGCCAAGGGAACGAUGCGUUGAGUGCGGAGAGAGAAUAGGGAAUUGAAUAUUAGGCAUAGAAGUCGCGCUAGAGUUACAUACAAGCUGAUGUAUUUCAAGUUUCUAAUUAAAAAGUUUUCAUAUUGGAAAUUGUGUCGU